AUGGCCUCAUAUAUAGAGACGUUCGGCGAAUUCUCGUCUACAAUGCAUGGUGUGAUCGUGUCGUCAAUCUUGAUUCCAGGUGCACUUGCCGCCCUCGUUGCUGGAAUCCUCGCAGAUCGCUAUGGCCGGACUCGCAUGAUCGCUAUUGGUUCCACGAUAUUCGGCGUUGGAGCCGCACUGGAGACCGCGUCGUCCCAUCUGGUCAUGUUCAUCAUCGGCCGGCUAGUCAAGGGUGCCGGCGAGGGUAUUUUCCUCUCGACGGUCUACGUGCACGUCUGUGAGAUCUCGCCAGCCAAGAAGAGAGGCAUCAUCAGCGCCCUCCCGCAGUUGUUAAUCACCAUCGGCCUAGUCAUGGGCUUCUUCAUAUCGUACGGGACUGCUGGACUUGACGGUUCGAUCAGUUGGAGGUUGCCCAUCGCUGUCCAGGCAUUUUUUGCUUUCACGAACGCUGCGUUAUGUGGUCUGGUGCCACCAAGCCCGCGCUGGCUUCAAGCCAAAGGUCGACCCGAGGAGGCGAGGACUGUCAUUGCCCAGCUCGGGCUCGACGAGGCUGAACAGGCAGAGCUCCUUGCUGUGUCAGAGAGUGGUCUGGAACACUCUCCUGACUCGACGUUCUGGGAAAAUAUCAAGCAGACCAUUUACGAGUUCAGAGAGGCGUUCUCGAAGCCCUUCAGAUCGCGCACAAUUUUCGGUUACUUCCUCAUGGCAAUGCAGCAAUUCAGCGGGAUCGACGGUGUCCUAUACUACGCACCUCUUCUGCUUCAGCAAGCCGGGAUCAGCUCAAGCCAGGCUAGUUUCCUCGCGUCGGGCGUCUCGGCGCUGCUCAUUAUGGCUGUGACGAUCCCUGCAGCGUUGUUUGCAGAUAGCUGGGGUCGCAAAACAUCCACUGUCCUCGGUGGUACACUGAUCUUUGUGCUCAUGUUGCUAAUGGGCUCUAUGUAUGCUGCAGGCGAGGUGCACGCGGACUCUGGUGCUGGCAGAUGGGUGGUUAUCGUUAGUAUCUACUUAUUCGCCGUGGUUUUUAACAUGACCUGGGCUAUCGGCAUAAGGUCGUUCCUGAUCGAGAGUCUACCAAGGAAGACCAGGAGCAGUGCUGCAAGUCUCGGGCAGGGCAGCAAUUGGCUUGCAAACUAUGUCGUGGCAUUGACGACUCCCGUCUUUAUUUCGAGUUCUUCGUUCGGCGCAUACUAUUUCUUUGCUUUUUGUUCCCUUUUCACGACAAUCAUGUGCAUAAUUUUCAUGUACGAGACAAAGGGCCACAGCUUGGAAGUGAUCGAGCAGAGAUAUACGGAGAGGCAGAGCAGCAGCACGGGCCGCUGGAGGGUGAAUACCGAGGGUUUCCGGAUGAGGCGAAUUGGUGGCACGCAGGAUUGA